AUGGCACAAUUAAAAGGAGACUCUACACUGGUGAUCAGUGCCCUAAGCAGACCUCUGGACCUGGGUACGCUUUACAAUGCGCGCAAUGACCAACUCAUACCAGGAAUAACUCUUUGGAAGGCUGAGGACAUGAAGAGCAAGACGCAAGUCACUCCACAGCCUAAUACAAAUUUCCAGGUGUCAACAUCUGAGUCACUUAGUGAGAAGAUGAAUCUUCUGGAUGUGAGCACCUCAGUGAAGGCUAGCUUCCUCGCUGGGAUAGUGGAAGUAUCUGCAUCUGCAAACUACCUCAAUCAGAAGACCUCCUCAACUCGUCAGUGCAGAACCACCCUGAAAUACCACGUGACCACCGAGUUUAAAGAACUCAUGAUAUCUGAACUGGAAGCUCCAAACCCUGAUGCCUUCGACAUGCGAGAUGCUACCCAUGUGGUUGCUGGGGUGCUGUACGGAGCCAAUGCCUUGAUGGAAUUCCAAGAAACAGCCCGUGAUGAUUCACAGAAGCAAGAUGUCAAAGUACAAAUGAGUGUGAUGCUCAAUAAGAUCCCAUUCAUAGACGUCAGUGCUCAAGGAAGCGUGAACAUGAGCGAUGAAGACAAGAAGAAGGUGAAGAACUUCAGCUGCAGGUUUUAUGGUGACUUUGGUCUGAAGAAUCUCCCAUCUACAUUUGAGGAGGCUGUGAAGGCCUACAAAGAGCUGCCCAGUCUACUCGGGGAGAAGGGAGAGAAGGCUGUACCUCUGACGGUCUGGUUGUAUCCUCUCAGCAAACUUGGCAGUUUUCAGGACAAGCUGAAGAGAAUGAUCUCAGAGCUGUUUGUAUCUGAGGCGGAGAAGAUGAUUGAUGAUUUCCACCAGGCCGAGAUAAGGACCAAUGACCUGCUGGGGAAGAGCAAAGCCAUCAAAGCCAAAGACAUCGUCUGUAAGCUUGAGCAGUUCCAAAGUGGUCUGAGGAUCUUCACCGCUGAGAUGCUAAGGAAAAUGGCUGACCUAGUCCCGGCUAUAAGAGAAGGGAAGAAGGAGGAGGCCGUUUUUAGGGAACUUCUGAAGACCCGAAAUGACUCUGCAUUCAGUGGCAGCGACAUGGAGAAGUGGCUGGAUGACAAAGAGACAGAGGUCAACACUCUAACGUUGCAUCUCAAAAAGCUCCAGUACGACAUCAAACCUCCUGGCCGUGAGCUUGACAUGUUUCUGGCAGACCCAGAUGUCAAAGAUGCAUUCGUCUUCAGCUUCACCUCACUGAGCUAUGAGGAACCAUACCUGAAAAGAAUCUCACAAGAGGCAGACGGCUUCAAAGAUGGUGCCCUUAGCAGUACCCCUAAACAGUACCUAGAAAACCCUGUUCCCUGGUACCUGAACCCACACGUGAAGGAGGCUAUGUAUUCCUCUAUCAAUAUUUUCAACAAUGCACCCACUAAGCACAAAGUCAUCAGUUACAUUGCAGACCCGAAUUACCCAGGAGCUGCUGUCCGCUGGUAUCGCAACGCAGUCCUCAUGAAACCACAAGUGAAGAACAUCCAACAAUUAUAUUCCUGUGACCUCACAUUUGACCAAAGCACAGCCAACACACGUGUCGUACUCUCCAAUGGCAACAAGAUUGCGGCGUGUGUGGACUCGGACCAGCCAUAUCCUGCCAACCCCGGGAGAUACAUACUCUCCGCCAGCGUUUCUACUGUGGAGCCUCUGACUGGACGUCACUACUUUGAGUUUGAGUGGGAUCUAAAAUCUGUUAUAGUUGUAAUUGCAAUAACAUAA